AUAGGUGACAUGGGGGAUUUCCAAUAAAUUACAGUACGUAUGAUAGAGCUUUCCCUUGUCUCUAUUUAAAUGGUGUUACAGAUGUUUAUAACUGGUGAUAGGAGAUGUGAGGGAAGGUUUUGUGUUUGUAACCCACCUUUAAAAUACCUUAGAAAUGAGCUUGGGGAGUUUCUACAUCCUGACAGGAAGGAAAAACAGGCUUCCUGUUAAUGACAAAUACUGACAUCACAAAUGAAUGUUUCUGCUUUAAGACUUCCUACAGAAACUUGGCGACGGAGCUUUUAAGCCUCCUGAUUUCCUGCCGAAGUAUUUCAAUAUCAGAGGGUGAAAACUGCUUUAUACUGACCCCGUGUUUAUAUUGGGUACGUCCUUGUGAAAGGAAUGAGAAGGCUAAAGAAACCCAAAGGAGGUGCAAAGUGUCUGCUCCAUGCUGUCCUGGUUCCAUCACUUAGCCUUCUGAAACUGGGUGAAGUAGCAAUAAUUGUUUUUGUGGUUCUGAGGUCUCCAUGUAAAACGACUGAAAAUUCAAAGGAAAGCUCCCAGUGCAGCACUUGCCCAGUGACGUCACAACCGACCCCUGUUACAGAAAAUCCAGCUCUGAUCGACCUGUGUGUCACAAAUGAAAGCGUUUGUAAACUAUGCCCUUUGAACUGGAUGGAGUUCAAUGAGAAGUGCUAUUACUUUUCAGACAGCAGGAGCAGCUGGGCAUCAAGCAUGGACAACUGUAAGAACAUGAAGGCUGAUAUCAUUUCAAUGGAGGAUCCUAAAGAAGAAGAAUUUAUUUCUGGACAAGUGAACAUGAAGAGUGGCCACUUUUGGAUUGGUCUAAUCAAGAGGAAUUCUGUUUGGUAUUGGAAGACUGAUGAAAAGUUUAAAACUUCAAUACAAGUACUAAAAGGAUCAAGAGAACAGAACUGCACAACCUUCGGCAAAGAAAUAUCUGCUGAAAGUUGCUCGAACCCCAACAAAUGGAUAUGUGAGAAGAAUGCGUCCAUGUUUUCAACACUCCGUACCGUUUAGGUUCAUGAACUGCUUUGUAUUGGUUUUAAGUUGCUUUAAGAUUUUUUCUAAUAAAUAUAUUUAUAUAUAAUUAAAGUGAGCUUUUUGCCAUAAUUUCGAACAUGGUUUAAGACUUGGCCUGUAAGUAAGUGCAAGUUUCUAAUUUAACAGAUGGAUCACAUUCCACACACCCUUCACCCCUGCAUUCUACUACCUAAAUGUCUACAAGAUUCCCAACUGCAUACAUUUCCCAAAGCUUUGAGG